AGUCUCUCUCGAGUCUCUCUUUCUCUCUCGAACCCUCUCUCUCUUCUCCUCUCGCGGAGAGAAGGAGAUCUCGCGUCCUCGGGCUCUUGAUAAAAGGAUUCAAGAGGAUAGCGGAGCAAGCAAAGAGCGAAGUGUGUCCCCGCUCGCUUGGAUACGCCACCAUGGUGAAAACUUUUCAAGCGUACCUACCUUCCUGUCACCGCACUUACUCGUGCAUUCACUGCCGUGCUCAUCUCGCCAAUCACGACGAACUCAUCUCUAAGUCCUUCCAGGGCAGUCAAGGUCGUGCCUAUCUCUUUAAUUCUGUGGUGAACGUAGGUUGCGGACCUGCGGAGGAGCGAGUUCUGUUAACUGGGUUGCAUGCAGUCGCUGAUAUCUACUGCGAAUGUUGCAAAACCACGUUAGGAUGGAAAUAUGAGCAUGCGUUCGAAUCAAGUCAAAAGUAUAAGGAAGGAAAGUUUAUAAUCGAACUUGCCCACAUGAUCAAGGAAAAUGGAUGGGAAUGAAGAACGGAGGGGAAUAGAGAGAGACAAGUUCUCCGUGCCUCCCGUCAAACUUUUCCUGAUAUAAUGCCUACAACGUUGUCUAAUUGCAAUGUGCGGCCCCUCUCUAUUCGAACCACCAACGAAAGUCUGUGAUUUCAUUUGUGAUUUAUAAUCUUAGUAAUCUUCGUUUCGGACGAUUCAACAAACAUCGGUUUGCUUCUCUGAUCAAAUCGAGCAAGCGAAGAAAGGCGAUCGCAGCGAUUCCGGUAUACGCCGGUGUGGACACACAUUUCACCAAGUAUUGUAAAGAAAUUAUUUUUCGAUGGAAAAAACAAAACAAAACAGUAGAGAUAUAAAAUAAGAAGAUAAUGGUCGAGUAAAUGGUGGAAUAUAUAUGAUGAAUGAAAAGGUGCCAUGGUGGAGAUAAGGAAGCGAGAUCGAAGUUCGGUACGAACUGUGGGGUGCCCCUCCUCUUCCUAAUUUUGAUCCAUUAUCUUUGUAGACAUUGCGUGGCGCAAUAGUGUGCAUGUCGACACUGAAUGUUGAAAAAAAAAUUAAACGCGCGGGGCACCCCGACAAUCAGUUUUAUCCGUUUCAAGCACCGGAACAGCGCAAGUGCCACAGACUUUGCCGGACUGAUUGCCUGCCUGCCGCGUCUGUCAUUGGAAUUUCACUGCCGAUAUUCCUAAUAUUAAUUAAGGAUACUACGUUGUAUUUAGAAACGGCGUAGUAGUAGUCCUAGAAUUUAGUGUACAUUAUAUAGAAUACUAAAGCCUAUAUUACAUUAUUAUAGGACCUCGUGGAUAGAGAAAAUAGGAGUAAAUAAGAAUAAUGGAGGCAAAGAAGAGCAGAGGAGAGAGAGAGAAAGAGAGAGAAGGAAAGAAUUUGAGUGCAUGAAUGAGAGAAGAAGCGAGGGAGGGGGAUAAUAUGGAAGAAGUCUGGCCGAGUUUUGUGUCACGUGUACAUGUUUGAUUUUAUGUUCGUCAUGCCUGCCAAACUGUCUGUUUAUCUGCCAGUUGCCACUGUUAUUACAGUAGUAUCAUGUUGUAAUAUGUUUAUCUUCUUCAUCGGCUGAGUAGGAUUGUGGUGCGAUUGAAUUUUUUGUUGUGGAACUUUGAAAAAUCAUGUAUGAAUGUGUGUGUGUAUGUGUGUGUGUGUGUGCGUGCACGUGGCGCGCUUUCCUAUAUGCACGUAAUACAAUAUUAUAUCUGAAAUAUAGAGGAAAGGAUGAUUGUUCGUUUCCUUUAAAAUAUCGAUCUCGUUCGUAAAUAUUUUAUAAGAUCCAACUAUGUAUUUACGAGAUUGCUAGUAAUGACGGUCCCGCGUAAAAAAAAAGUCACCGAGAAUUAAACCUAUAUUGAUCACUAAGUACAGAUAAACGUCCGCGAUCGAAUAUCCAUAAACUUUCUUAUAUUACAUUUAAAUGCAUUUUUAUGCAUUUUCAUGCAAUGUAUAAUUUUUUCCAUAAAAGAAAUUUUCCUUCGAAAUAUUAUUACAUCGGACUGAUUAUAACCGAAUAAUCUAUCAUUUUCGCUAUAUAUAUAUAUAUAUUCCUUAACGAGUUCUUCCGUUGCUAUCUUCUUGUUAUGAUUAUCGAAAUAAAAGUUGAUAAAAAAUUCAAAUUUAUCAGCAAUUAUUAUGAUAUAUUUAAUGGCAUUUGCACUUAUAUUAUUAGUGAAAAUCGGAUAAAUACAUCUCUUUCCUCUCUUUCUUUCUUUCUCUUUCUCUCUGUGCAUGAUACUUAAUAACGAUUAAACUAAAGACUCGUGUAAAUUGUUGCGUUUAAUCGACUUUCGAAUAGAAAAUUGUUUCUCUUUCACAUGCGUGUUAUAUUAUUAACAGGAAGAUAGCGUUAUUGCGUUUAUCCGUUUAAGUGAUAAUCCGUUUAUAUUGUACGAACUUACUUUGUACGAUAUAUAUACAUAUAUUAUAUAUAUCAAUGCUCCUCGUUUUCCGCACUGUUUUCCACAAAAUAUCACGCGUAGACAAGACAUACGUUUAUCUCUCAAGUGCAUCCAUGUGAAAGUGCAGUGUAUAUUCAUGCGUAUGUAUAGAAAAGAUAUGUCUGUCCGCCUACCUGUUUGACAGAUUGACACCGAUUGACUGGCAGAAUGAAUGGGAUGAAUGAAUGAACGAAUGUGUCGGCCUAAAUAUUCACGCUGUCACUCAAAGAGUACUUUUUAUAUUAAUGUGCUGAUAUCUCCUUAUCCGCACUCACCUCUUUUCAGAAACCUUGUUGAAAUGUACCUAUAUCGACACUAAUUCCGUAGUCUUCUCAGCCUCCACCAACUUCCACCAUCACAGGAUUUUGCUUUGUAAAACGUGUUCUUAAUAAAAUUUAAAAAAAACAAUCCA